GAGAGGGAGGGCACGGUAAUUAGGCUUCCUCGAAAUGUAAAUUUCAACCACACUCUGACUACUCAUUCAUUCUCGCGGAUCAACAGUCCUAGAUUUAAAGACUCUUUCUCUCUCUCAUCUUCGUCUUACCUACUAGCUAUCGUUGCACGCUCUCCAUCUCUUCUCUCCUCUCAAGGAUCAUCCCAUCUUUCAAAUCAACUUUUAGAAGUUUACUCUUCAACACAUCGUCUCUCAUCUACACUACCGCAUCAAUUUUCAGUCAUGGCGUUGUCGAUAGAUGUCCAACUUUCAUCUUCAACUACUGGCGUUCAGAGAUCUAGACUAGCGAAUGCAGAGGAAACUCGCUCCCAACGUGACGUGCGGUACACGAUGUUCAGAAACGAUCAUGCAUUGUCAGUUGGCCUAGGCUUUACUUCAACGCGGCCAACUUCACAAGUAUCCUCUACGACUGCUGCCGUCACCCGACUCAACCUCGGUUACGGAGUCUCAGUCCGCUCCGGAGGCGCUGUCGGGCAACCUCUCAACAACGUACCAGCCAACCUACGCGGCGCUGGUUCACAGUUCUCAGAUUAAGGGUUCAACGGCAGCCACUGGUCUGGCACCAUGUGCUACCACAC